AUGUUAAGAUCAGAUCUCUCCUCUUUCUGUUGCCGGAGUGGCGGAGGAGAGGGAGUGGCUGCCGAAAUGCACUCCUCAAAAUCUUGCAUGAAACCGAAACGAGGCAGAAAAGAAAAAAAGAAGCAGCAAAAACCUGAGGUCCCCAGACUUUCGUCUCUCUUUGCCGCACGCCCGUCUUCCCGCGCCAAUAUUCUGGGGCCCCUCACCAGCACGGCAGCACCAGACGUCAAGGCGCGCCUAUUUUCCUGUCCUGUCCUGAUGCGUCUCCGAAAGUCGCAGUCGGGAUCACCCGCGACCAUCCAUGGUUCUCUUUUUGGGGCGAGUGCUUCCUCUUCUUCACGGGCUCACUUCGGGGCAGUUGCGGUCUCUUGCGGUGCUGCUACGGCGACUCCAAGACUGAUCAUCAGGGCAGGAUCUCGAUCCGUACUCCUCACCCUCACCCCCCUUCGCUCGCUCGUUCGAUUUGGGUACAAUCAGGCUCUGGCUGCGUACCGCUGA